AUGGUCAGGUCUAAGGUGGACCCAGAGCAGGCGCAGAAGGCCAUCGAGGCUGUCCGCAGCGGCGCAAUGUCUCUCCGGGCUGCUGCACAGGCCUAUGGCGUGAACAAGCGCUCUCUCCCUCGCCGUCUGAGCGGUGAUGCAAGCAUGGAUGCAAAGGUUGGUCCAAGGACGGUGCUCACAGUCGAGGAGGAAAGAUUUGUUGAAGAUGCACUGCUGUACGCUGCUCGUCACUUCAUCGGGAUCGACCGCACCGCGCUGCAAGAACAUGUGCGCCAGCUGUGCAACGACGGUCGGGGUAUAUCCCGUGGGAUGCAGCAGUCGGCCCGGGGCAAUCAUGGCUAGACGGCUUCUUCAAGAGGCAUCCUGCGCUGUCGGAACGCAGCGCCCGCAUCUUCGAGGCCAACAGAAUCAUGAGUGACGACGAGACUCGUCUGCAGACGUUCUACAAGGACUUUGGCGAGUUCGUUGACAAGGAAAAGAUCCCUGCCGAUCACCUGUGGAACACAGAUGA